AUUCAGUCUGAACAGAACCUUCGUCAGACGCGGGCAGCUCUUUCGCAACUUGCUGAGAUAGCGGCGAAGUACGACACAGACGGUGUGGAUGUGUAUUUCCUCAACUCCUCGCAAUCUGGCAGUGGCUUAAAGAAAAAAGCAGACGUCAAGCGACUUUUCGAUGGCGUAGUGCCUUUUGGUGUUACUCCCAUUGGGGAGAAACUCGAGGAACUGCUACUACGCUACCUUUCCCAUCUUGAAAGGGCGAAGGACCAGUACGAAAUGGGCGACGUGCAUGCCUUGGACAGCAUCAAACCCAUCAACUACAUCAUACUGACGGACGGGGCACCGACCGACGAUCCAGAAGCUGUCAUCGUGUCAGCUGCUCGGCGCCUAGACGCAAGGCACUUCCCGUUGACGCAGAUUGGUGUGCAAUUCGUACAAAUCGGAGAUCAUCCUGAAGCGGCUGCGUUUCUGCAAGAACUUGAUGAUGACCUUCAAAGAAACCAUACUAUCCGGGAUAUGGUCGAUACGACUCCGUAUGCGGGGCAACUAAACGUGGAGACCCUGACGAAGAUACUGCUAGGGGGCAUAAAUAGGCGUGUGGAUCGAAGAGGCGGCGGCAGUGUUCUAUACUGA